AUGCCUCUUCGCGAUUUUCUCAAGAAGAAAGACAAGAUCUCAAACAGCCAUGCGCCAUCAACGCCCGAUAAUGCCGCCGCGCCGGCAGCCCCAGAAUUUACGUUCAUGAGGAGCGACACCCAUACUCAAGAGAUCAUCUCUCCACCCUCGUUUGACUCAGAAGAGGACUUGAAAGGGCCAGCUACCGAUGGCCCCAACGAAUCUAGAAGCUCCAAACUCUUUGGUCGAAACAGAAGUGCUUCCAAUGUCUCCGCCAAAUCUGCAGCUUCUGGCGACAGCAACAAAUCGAAGAAUGCCUCCACGUCCAAGCGAAUAUCCCAGCGUCUACAUCUGAGGAAGAGCGACGUCGGCUCUGUGAGUGUACCAGAUGAUCUUCCAGAGAUUGACGUGGGGGAGGAAGAAGGCGGGGGAGCAGAGUCACAAUGGGAGAAACGGGCAACGAUACUGGCAAAGCAGAAUGAAACUUCAAGGAGCAGACCACCCACGCCAAAUGGCGCGCCGCCAGACGUGGGAUUCAGUAACAUGUCAUUGGAGCAUGGGAAGGAGAAGGGGGUUGCGUUGACGAAGCAGGUGGAUGACAAUAUACAGGAAGCCAUCCGACUUCAUGAAAAUGGCGAUCUGGAGAGGUCUACGAGAAUGUUUGGGCGGUUAGCAGAUCCGCAUGGAGACAACAAUGCCUUGAGUCAAGUGUUAUACGGGCUUGCUUUACGGCACGGUUGGGGUUGUACACCAGAUCCAGCUCAAGCAGUAAAGUACCUAUCGGCGGCAGCGUCAAAUGCAGCAUCGAUUGAAGAAUUGGCGCUGCAAGCUGGUUUGAAGAAGGGAGGAUCAGCUAAGGGAGAGCUCGUUCUCGCCAUAUUCGAGCUUGCGAAUUGCUUUCGUCAUGGAUGGGGAGUACCCGUAGAUAAGGUAGCAGCGAAACAGUAUUAUGAAACCGCUGCGAACUUGGGCGAUACUGAUGCAAUGAAUGAAGUUGGCUGGUGUUAUAUCGAGGGGUUUGGCUGCAAGAAAGACAAGUGGGCAGCAGCGAAGUAUUACAGGUUAGCUGAGAACGCUGGGAGCAAGACUCUAGGGAACUCUUGGUAA